AUGGUUCGACAAGCUAGCAAGAGAAAACAGGUAUCGGAAGUGACCUCGGGCUCUGAUACAGAAACGCCCAAAAAGCAAAAGAAAUCCACGGCAUUUGUGCCAUUUGACCCCUCGGUGCCUACCAAUACCACUAUGCCCGACACGUACGACUUUCUAGCUGCUCCCCCCGGAGGAGUCAAGCUAGCGUCCUAUAAUGUCAACUCCCUCAAAGCAGCUAUGCGCAAAGGCUAUAGCAAUUAUGUGAAGGCAGAAAACGCAGAUGUACUUUGUUUACAAGAGACCAAGGUCAAUGAACCCGUCCCGGAUGCAGUGGACGAUAAAGUUUACAAAUACAGGUACUGGUCUUAUGAAGACAAAAAGGGCUACGCUGGCACUGCGUUAUUUUCAAAAGUCAAGCCUAGUCAAGUCGUGUAUGGGAUUCCAGGACAUGAAGCAUCGUCGCGUGGCAGAGUGAUUACUGCGCAUUUUAAAGAUUUUGUUAUGGUUGCUUGUUAUAUUCCCAAUGCUGGGGAAGGACUGAAGAAUCUAGACUCUAGGAUGGUGUUCAACACACAUAUGGAGAAGUAUCUCCGUGGUCUGCAACAGGAUGGCAAGCGAGUCAUAUGGACAGGAUCGGCCGGCUUCACUGUCGAAGAACGAACCGAUUUUACCAAAUUGCUAACGGACUCUGAAGACCCAAAAUUGCCUGCUAUGAUCGAUACUUGGCGUCGUCUUCAUCCUACCACCAAGGGCCAUUACACAUAUUAUGGCUAUCGAUUCAACUGCCGUUCAAAGCUUUUAGGAUGGCGAUUAGACUAUUUUGUCAUCACUCCUGAUUUAGAAGACAGGGUGAUUGAGAGUGAAAUACGUCAGACUGCGUAUGGUGCUAGCGAUCAUGUUCCCAUCGUUCUUGUCCUUCGAGAUACUGAAUUGUGA